UAUGGAAACCGGGAAGUUAGUAGUGGGGAGAGUAGGAGACAAGUCCACCGUAACCCGAUGCUUCUCCAAGUAUCCUCUCAAGUUCAUCAUUCCGACGAAGGCAGGGCGUUCUGAAACCGAUGCCGUUUGGAUCUACACCCUCACUUAUGGUGGUGGCAUUGUUUCUGGUGAUUGCAUUUCGGUUGACCUUACCGUAGAAGAUGGUUGCACUGCCGUUUUGACAACUCAGGCAUCUACCAAGGUGUACAAAUCAGUGGCCUUGAAGUGCUCUGAGCAAAUGAUGGAGGCAAGAAUAGGGAGUGAUGCCCUUUUGGUUGUCAUUCCAGAUCCAGUGACAUGUUUUUCUACAGCAAGAUACUCCCAAAAGCAAAUCUUUAGAAUGGUUGGAGACUCAAGUUUACUGAUUGUUGAUUGGAUCACAAGUGGGCGUCAUGAAAGUGGAGAAAAAUGGGAUUUUGGGCUUUAUAAAAGCACCAAUCACAUAUAUCUUGAUACAAAGCCCAUGUUUCUUGAUACGGUACUACUUGAGAACACAAGUGUUUCAAGUAUUGGUGAACGAAUGCAGGAUUACCAAGUAAUUGCAAUGGUUAUUUUGCUAGGGCCUAAGUUGAAGAAAAUACAAAACCAAAUUCAAGAAGAUGUGAAGAAGAUGAUGUCAGAGCAAUUACGUGCUCCAUCUAUUGGAGGAAUCUCAGUCUCUAAAGCAUGUAAUAGUGAUCGAUAUACAAAGCCUUCACUUAUUGCUUCUUGUAGCCCCUUUGGUCCAAAGGGGACAGGUGUGGUUGUGAGAAUAGCUGCCACAACAACCGAAUCGGUUUAUAGGUUCCUUAAUCAUCAAUUGGCGGGUAUGGAAUUGAUGCUUGGUUUGUGCCCAUAUCAAUAGGUCUUACACAUUUUAUGAAUUCGUUUUUUUUGAUUGGAUUUAUGUAGUAAACACUAGUUAUAUGUUAAUGUUAGUUUUUUUUUAUUGGAUUUAUCUACUGCAUUUUAUUUCGGUUAAUAGAAAUAGCAAUGUAUUUUUUGUCUCUCUUAAAUAAAGUACCCAGCUUUUUCACCAA